AUGAGGUAAUUAGAAAUAAGUAAACAAGAAGAAGAAAAAAAGAAAAAAAAAGAUGAAAAAAAAAGACUAAAAGAAUAAGCGAAAUUAGAAGGAACUUAUGUUUCUAAGAAAAAGCUUAAAUAUGCAGAGUAGGAAAGAAUUAGAAUAGAAUAAUUCAAAAAAGAAUAAGGAAUUUAAAUCGAGAAAAUAAAAGAGUAAUUAAAGGAAGGAGGAGAUGUUAAAAAUACACAAAAAAAGAAACUUUAAAGGGAUAUUUUCGGAAAUCUUAUCAGGGAAGAAGAUAAGAAUGAAAAUGAAAAUAAUAAUAAUAUUUAAAAUGUUAAAUAAAUUCAAGAAUUUGAAGUUGAUAAUUGGGAAAUGUUGGUUGAUGAUGAUAUGGUGAAAGAAUUAGAAAAUCAAAAUAAUUAAUAAAAUAAUGAUAAAGAAAAACAAGACGAAUAUGAAGAAAAUAAUAAAAAUGUUAAAAUUUCCAAAAAGGAAAUCGAAGAAGCUAAAUAGGCUGAAAAAAAAGCCAAAUAUGCAGCUCAAAGAGAGGCUAUUAUAAAUGCUUAAUUAGGAAAGAAAAAAGGUAAGGAAAAAGUGCCUAUUUAGCGUUCGCCAAUUGUUUGUAUUUUAGGGCAUGUAGAUACAGGAAAAACUACACUUUUAGAUAAACUUAGAAAUACUAAUGUUUAAGCUGGUGAAGCUGGCGGUAUUACAUAAUAAAUUGGCGCUACAUUUUUCCCUGGCGAAAAUGUAAAAAGAGAAUGCAAAAAAACCGAAGCAUUUUAUCCUGUGGAACUCAAAGCACCAGGUUUACUUGUAAUAGAUACUCCUGGGCAUGAGAGUUUCUCUAAUCUAAGAAAUAGAGGUUCUUCUCUAUGCGAUUUUGCUAUUUUGGUUAUUGAUCUUAUGCAUGGUUUGGAACCAUAAACUAUAGAAUCUUUAAAUCUUUUGAGAAUGAGAAAAACUCCGUUUGUUAUUGCUUUAAAUAAAAUCGAUAGAUGUUAUAAUUGGGCUAAAGAAGAAUUCGAAUCUUCUUAUGUUUCUCUUGAAAAUCAACCUAAAGAAACUAAAGCUGAUUUCUAAAAUCGUUAUUAAUAAAUUAUUACAUAAUUAGCAGAAAAUUCAAUAAAUGCAAUGCUUUAUUGGGAAAAUCCAGAUCCUAAAACUUAUUUUCCAAUAGUUCCUACAUCAGGUGUAACAGGAGAAGGUAUUCCUGAUUUAUUAUCAGUAAUAAUAAAAUAUACAAGUUAAUAUAUGAAGUCUAAAAUGGUGGUAAAAGAAGAAGAAUUUAAUUGCACAGUCAUGGAAGUUAAAAAAAUAGACGGUCUAGGUUAUACUAUAGAUGCUAUUUUAAUAGAUGGUACUAUAAGAUAAGAUGAUAAAAUAGUAUUAUUAGGUUUCACUGGUCCUAUAAAAACUAAAAUAAGAGCACUUUUGACGCCACAUCCAAUGAAAGAAAUGCGUGUAAAAGGUGAAUAUUAACACCAUGAAGUAAUACAUGCGGCUAUGGGCAUUAAAAUAAGUGCACCUGAUCUCGAAAACGCAGUCGCGGGUUCUUAAUUAUAUUUAGCAAAUACGCAUGAAGAUGAAGAAGAUGCCAUGGACUUAGUCAUGAAUGAUCUCCAUUAGGUUAAAAAUAAAGUUAAAUUAUCUGAAUAAGGGGUUGGCGUAGCUGCUUCUACUCUUGGGUCUUUGGAAGCACUUUUAAAUUUCUUAGACAAUUCGAAAAUUCCCGUUUCUUAUGUUUCAGUAGGGCCUGUAAGCAAAGACGAUAUAAUGAAAGCUUUGAAAUCGGUUUUGGCAGAAGAACCAGCAAGAAGAAAAAAAGAAUAUGCUUGUAUGUUAGUAUUUGAUGUUAAAGUGUUGCCAGAUGCGUAAAAAUAUGCUGAAGAUAAUGGAGUUAAGGUGUUUACGGCGAAUAUUAUUUAUCAUUUGUUCGAUUAUUAUACUAAAUAUUAAAAAGAAUGUAUAGAAGAAAGAAAAUAAGAAAUUGGAAAAUUAGCUGUUUUCCCUUGUUAACUUAAAAUUGUUGCUUUCUUCAAUAAAUAAGCUCCUAUUAUUAUGGGUGUAGACGUUGAAAGAGGCGUACUUAAACCUGGUACUCCUAUUUGUGUUUAUGAUGAUAAAAAACUUAAGUUAGGAACUGUCGAAACUAUAGAAAGUAAUAAAAAAACAGUAAAAGAAGCUAGAAAAGAAACUGGAAGUGUGGCUAUUAGAAUCAAAGGACCUGAUAAUAUUAUGGCUGGUAGGCAUUUUGAAUAAAAGAAUGAACUUGUUUCUAUUGUCACAAGAGAUUCUAUUGAUGCUUUGAAAGAACAUUAUAGAGAUGAUGUAAGUAAAGAUGAAUGGCUGUUUAUUAAAGAUAAAUUAAAAAAAUUCUUUGGAAUUCUUUGAAAAUAUAAAAUAUUUUUAUUAUUUUUUUAUUUAAUAACUAUGUUAUAAAUAAUUAUUAAAUUAAUCAAAUUUUUAUUUUAUAUUUAAAAUAUAGAAGAAUAAUAUAAAAAUAUAAUAUAUAUAUAUAUAUAUAUAUAUAUAUAUAUAUAUA